AUGUCUGUAUUCUUCAAGGAUAUCUCAUCAGAUAAUCCUGUCCAGAAAGGCGACGUCGAGAAGCUACUCGAGCCGCUUGGACUGACGAUCAAACCCGAGGAGUCGGCCGACUACCAGAGACUCCUGGCCGCAGUCCACGACUGUGCAACCCGCAUCGAUCGCCUACCGGACUACCAGCCAGUCCCCGAUACGAAGAAAUACCCCCGCGAAAACGUCCAUACCCCUACAGCAGAAGAGCAAGAGUUUGGCCAUGCCUGGGCGCACCGAUUUCUAAUUCGAGGAGAUCCAUCCGCAAAGGACCCUUCGUCAGGGUCACUGAAGGGUAGAAGCGUCUGUCUGAAAGACUGCAUCGCUGUUGCUGGCGUCCCGCAGUUCUUUGGCAGUGACGCUUUCCCUCCAUGGACACCAUCAACAGAUGCUACCGUGGUGACCCGAGUGCUAGAUGCCGGAGCCGAUAUCCUGGGUACAGCAACUUGCGAACACUUCUGCAAUUCCACAGCGUCCUUCACUAGCGCGCAAGGCACGAUCGAGAAUCCAUACAGAGAAGGUUACUCUACCGGCGGUAGCACCUCCGGCGGUGCGGCACUGGUUGGUUCAGGAAAAAUCGAUAUUGCUCUCGGCACGGAUCAAGGAGGCAGCAUUCGGGUUCCCUCGUCGUUCUGCGGAUGCGUCGGAGUAAAGCCUACACACGGCCUGAUUCCCUUCACUGGCUUCACAAGCGGCGAUGCCAUCGACGACCACGCUGGUCCCAUAUGCCGAUCCGUCAUGGAGGCUGCCCAGUGCCUCGAUGUUAUUUCAGGCUAUGACGGCAUCGACGACAAGUCAUUGGGUGCUGAAGCCCACGGCUCAUACAAUUUUGCCAACUUUCUUCGUUCAAGCUCCGGUCGCCUCGAUGGCAUCAAGAUCGGUAUUCUCAAAGAAGGUUUCCACCAAGAGAUUGUCGAUUUAAGAGUCAGAGACCACGUCCUGAUGGCGGCACAGAAGCUGGGAAGCCUAGGAGCUGCGGUGGAAGAGGUUUCCGUGCCGCUCCACCUCGAGGGCCCUUCAAUUUGGACUCUGCAGCAACGUAUUUCCGGUUCUUCGGGCAUACUUGGUCGAGCUACUGGCCAUAGGGGACUCGGUCUCACUGAGUUCGAAAAGGCUCGACUCCCAUUUACCGAUCCUAGCUUUCAUAAGCUCUUCCCGUCAACCAAGAACACUGUCAUCAACGGCCUGUACUUGCAAGACAAGUUCCCUGGGCUCUACAGCAAAACAGUCAAUAUUGGUCGUCAGAUCAGUGAUGCCUACCAGCGUGCUUUUCAAAAGUACGACGUCAUUGUCAUGCCAACAACGCCUUUUGUGGCCCCGCGACACGGCAGUCGGGAUUCGGUCUUGGGUUCGUUUGAGCCCACGAUUGGCUUGACAACCAAUACGGCUGUCUUCAAUGUCACUGGGCAUCCAGCCAUGUCUAUGCCCGUUGGGUUCAUUCCCGCGAAAGAUGAUGCACAAGUGAUGCUGCCAGUUGGUAUGCAGAUUGUUGGCGGGCUAUGGCAGGAGAAGAGCGUACUAAGGGUUGGACAUGCUUGGGAGACCAACUUUGAUUGGCGGGCUCUCAAAAGCAUCGAGGAAACCACUAAUCAGUUACAUUCCCCUUCUAAUGGAGCGAACAUGAAGCCAAACAGCAGACCCGUGCCUGAAGUAAAUAGCACCACGUCACCCACCCUCAAACGGGUGAAGCUCUCCGCCUGA